AUGGGGAACCCGCGAAACCUCCGCAGAGCAUCCUCUCAAGAGGAGGACGAAGGCGACGUCUUCGAUGAAAAGUCGGAUGUCAGCUCUGGCAGUGAAACAGAAGAGGAAGCUCCAGCGGACGCAGCCCCUGCCGGUGGCUCUACAGAAACUGGGGCAGCUGUUGCAGGUGAAUCCUCCUCUGCUGCAGCUUUUGCUGCCUCAUCUGUCAAGUACAACUCCCAUGAUCCGAAUCAGAGCCCCUCAGAAGUGGCUGGAGAUGCACAUGCAUCCAGUGAACAGUCAUGCGAAGCAGAAGGUGAAGCGCAAAGGAAGACGGAACUGGCAAAUGAUGCAGAUGUCAGACAUCGCAGAAGCGCAGCAGAAGGUGCCAGACAGCGGCCGAAGUCGACAUGGCAGCUGAUGCAAGAGGACCCUUCCUAUGUACCUCGGGCUACCCGCUAUUUUCUGCACGACGAUCGACGGGGAAGUGACAGUGGGGAGUCGGAUGAGUCUGACGAGGCCUCGAGCAGCCAGCCUGACGACUCAGUGCCACAGAGUACACAAACGCGCGUCGGUCCCAGCAAGAAGUUGUGGACGCCAGACGAAAACAGAGGCGAGUGGAAACACGACAUGUGGGAACUUCUGCAGAAGGAAGAGGCGGGGGAAAGGCCUCCAGGCAGCGGUUGGUCAAGGGGAAGGCAUCCCGGCGAGGAGGUCGUGGUGAUGCCUGGGUGCCUCGAGGCCCAAGAGGAGGAAGGGCGGGGAGGAUGGAAACCGUGGCGAGGCCGCGGGCGAGGGCAGAACUGGAAUAGGGAGCGCGGGAAACAAUAUGUUCCGAAGCAGACGCCGAAACAAACUGCCGAAGCAGCUUGA